AAUUUCUUCUCCUUUCCCUUUUCAUACUUGACCAGAUUAUCCAUUUUUCUCCAAGAAAAAAAAAAUCAAAAUCAAAAUCAAAAUCAAAAUCAUCAAGCAAUGCCUGCGACGACAGAUAACCCAGGAUCUUUCCUGGGUCGCAUCAGCAUCCGCCGUAAUCAAGUUAUCGCCAUGGAAGCCAACGAUCAAGAACUCGAGGACCUUGAGCUUUUCCAGAAGCACGUUGGUGAUCGCUUUGCGGAACUCCUCACUGCGUCCGAUGAACCCUCCUCUGCUGAUGCUCUCCUUUCCAUAUCUUGGCUUCGAAGACUCCUCGAUAUGUUCCUCUGUUGCGAGGCUGAGUUUAAGGCCCUCGUCAUCAUGGGUCGGGACCCUUCUCAGAUUGUCAAACCCCCUCUUGAUCGUUUGAUUCCGGAGCUCCUCGAACGCGCGGUGAAGGCGCUGGACAUCUGUAAUGCAGUUACCAGUGGGAUUGAGGCUGUCAGACAUUGCCAGAAAUUGGCAGAGAUUGCUGUCUCUGCUUUGGAACAGAGGCCUAUCGGCGACGGACAGGUUAGGAGGGCGAGAAAGCCGUUGAAUUCGCUGAUGGUGGCAAUGACCAUCGAUGACAAAGAGGGCGGCAAUAACCGGACUACGGAGAGAGCCUGGUCUUUUGGCCGUAGAGGCGGUGGCGCAGCGAAUAAGGAUCGUCCCCUGGGGCAUUUUCGGUCACUUGCAGGACAAGUAGCGAAGAAUUGGUCUGCGGCGAAGCAGAUUCAGGCGAUGACUAACAAUUUGGUUGCCCCUCGUGGGGCGGAUGCGUCUGGUUUGGCUUCACCGGUGUAUGUAAUGAGUACUGUGAUCGUUUUUGUGAUGUGGGCAUUGGUGGCUGCAAUCCCCUGUCAAGAGAGGACCGGUCUGACUACUCAUUUCCCGGUACCAAAGCAGUUGGGUUGGGCGCAUAGUUUGAUAGGGCUGCAGGAGAAGAUUGCUGAGGAAUUGAAGAAGAAAGAGAAAAAGGGAACUGCUGGGUUGCUAGAUGAAAUGCAGAGGAUGGAGAAACUGGCGCAGAGUUUGAGCGAGUUUACAGAUUCUUUUCAAUUUCCAGGGGAGACUGAGAAGGUGGAGGAGGCAGCGACUCAGGCAACAGAGCUAGGGGAGAUUUGCCACAGGAUGGAGGAGGGACUGGUGCCUUUGCAGCUGCAGAUUAGGGAGGUGUUCCAUAGGAUUGUGAGGAGCAGGACAGAGUUCCUUGAAGUGUUGGACCAGGCCGGAAAAGCCUCUGCACCGGUUGCAUAACAUGGUCGGUCCAUCUCUAGCCUCUAAAUUUUGAGGGAUUUUCAAGGGUCUUUAAUCUCUUUGAAGAUGGUGUAAAUGAAGCUACAACUUUUCAGGAUUCUGACAUUAGUUUAAUCUUCCUUUUAAAGUACAAAGUCAUGGGGGUGUUUUAGUUUGUAUUCCUUAUUGGAAAUGUACACAUUUUUCCUUGUAAUUUUUCUGGGUUUCGUGUUUACAUGAUAACUAUCAUUUGAUUACAGGAGCUUUUGUUUAGAGAGAAACGUAAAUACAAAAAACUGUAACCUUGUUGUAUUUUGGGCAAGAACUUCUCCCUUUGGAGAAAGGUUUAAUGUAUAUUGAAUUAGUAGAGUCAAGGCUAAAAUCUGCUCUGCACAAUUUCAGUUGUCA